AUAACACUGCAAGUUACAAACAGGAUCCGUCAAAAGAGGAAUGGGUUUAACUAUUGACCAAAUGUAGUUUAACAGCUUAACUUACCCUCCUUGGAAAACUGGUGAUUGCAGCGUAUUUAACAGAAAUCCAUAUAAACCUGUGUUUGGUGCUUGUGCCAGGGGCCUCGCAGAGCCAGACCCCUUAAGAAAAGUAAAUAGGAACCUCACAGAGAAAGCCAGCUUUCCCUUCUGCCCUUUCCCCCUCUUCUCGCUGGCACAGUUAAUCCGAAUUAUAGUUUGCUCAAAUAUUUGGAAGUGAAUUUAGGGCCCUCCCCCCCAACUUAUGAUUUUAUAGCCAAUAGGUGAUGAGGUUUAUUUGCAUAUUUCCAGUCACAUAAGCAGCCGUGCAGUGGAAACAGUGUCAGACUCAGUUCCUCCUCCUCCUCCUCCUCCUCCUUCUCCUCCUCUAGGGAAGCCUGCCAUUUCCAGCCACUCUGCCCUCCCCUCUGAAGAGCCACUUGCCCCACGCCAGACUGCGGCUCCAGCCCGCUCCUGCCUCGGGCUCAGCCGGUCUAUCAGUCCAUCGACGCUCCCGCCGGUGCCGGGUAGCCCCUAGAGGGACGCGCCCCGCGAUGGAGAGCAAAGCACUGCUCCUGGUGGGUCUGGGCUUGUGGCUCCAGAGUCUGGCCGCCGCCGACAAAAUUAUAGGAGGAAGAGAUUUUAGAGACAUCGAAAGUAAAUUCGCUCUGAGGACCCCUAAAGACACAGCUGAGGACACUUGCCACCUCAUUCCUGGAGUGACAGAAUCUGUGGCUAACUGUCACUUCAACCAAAGCAGCAAAACCUUUGUGGUGAUCCACGGCUGGACGGUGACAGGAAUGUAUGAGAGUUGGGUGCCAAAACUUGUGGCUGCUCUGUACAAGAGGGAACCAGACUCCAAUGUCAUUGUGGUGGACUGGCUGUCACGGGCCCAGCAGCAUUAUCCAGUGUCUGCGGGGUACACCAAGCUGGUGGGAAAGGAUGUGGCCCGGUUUAUCAACUGGAUGGCGGAGGAAUUUAACUAUCCUCUGGACAAUGUCCAUCUCUUGGGAUACAGCCUUGGAGCCCAUGCUGCUGGCAUUGCGGGAAGUCUGACCACUAAGAAGGUCAACAGAAUUACUGGUCUAGAUCCAGCUGGCCCCAACUUUGAGUAUGCAGAAGCUCCAAGUCGCCUUUCCCCUGAUGAUGCGGAUUUUGUAGACGUCUUACACACAUUCACCAGAGGAUCACCUGGCCGAAGCAUUGGGAUCCAGAAACCAGUAGGGCAUGUUGACAUUUACCCUAAUGGAGGCACUUUCCAACCAGGGUGUAACAUUGGGGAGGCUAUUCGUGUGAUUGCAGCGAGAGGCCUUGGAGAUGUGGACCAACUAGUGAAGUGCUCCCACGAGCGCUCCAUUCAUCUCUUCAUUGACUCUCUGUUGAAUGAAGAAAAUCCAAGUAAGGCUUACCGGUGUAAUUCAAAGGAAGCCUUUGAGAAAGGGCUCUGCCUGAGCUGCAGAAAGAACCGUUGCAACAACUUGGGCUAUGAGAUCAAUAAGGUCAGAGCCAAAAGAAGUAGCAAAAUGUACCUGAAGACUCGUUCUCAGAUGCCCUACAAAGUCUUCCAUUACCAAGUAAAGAUACAUUUUUCUGGGACUGAAAGUGAUGUACACACCAACCAGGCCUUCGAGAUCUCUCUAUACGGCACUGUGGCCGAGAGUGAGAACAUCCCUUUCACACUCCCUGAAGUUUCCAUAAAUAAGACAUACUCCUUCCUGAUUUACACGGAGGUGGAUAUUGGAGAACUGCUAAUGUUGAAACUCAAAUGGAAGAGCGAUUCAUACUUCAGCUGGUCAAACUGGUGGAACAACCCUGGCUUUACUAUUCAGAAGAUCAGAGUAAAAGCAGGAGAGACUCAGAAAAAGGUGAUCUUCUGCUCCAGGGAGAAGGUGUCUCAUCUGCAGAAAGGAAAGGCCCCGGUGGUAUUUGUGAAGUGCCAUGACAAGUCUCUGAAUAAGAAGUCCGGCUGAAACUGCAAAUCUUCAGAAGGAAGAACAUCACAUGAAUUCUGUAAAGAAGGAAGUAACUUUUAUAAAAGGUGCCCAGUGCUUUAGGUAGUUAAAAGUGGAGUUUCCUGAGUAUUAAUUCCAGCUAUAUCCUUAUUAGUUAUUUUAGAAGACAGUCUCAAAUACUAAAAAGUGGCUAAUUCAGUUUAAGGAACAUAGUAGUCAAAUAGCACAUGUUCCAAUAUUAAAAGACAGUAGAUAUGAAAAGCACUGCAUUUUGCUCUUUGAGAAAGAAAUAAGAAUUGUUUGGGCCCAUGGUAAAAUAAUAAAACCUUUUAGUGUAGUGAGUUUAGCCAUCGCCUAAAAUUUAAUAGAACCUCCUAUUUUAUUUGAAAUUCUUCGUUUUCUGUACUGAUACUUUCUCAAAGUUUUCUCCAAGUCUGAAUAUAGAAAAUGAUUUUUACGGCAUGAGUCGAACCCAUUUACUUACCAGUCAAAACACCUGACUACUUUGGAAACUUCUCCUCUUGCCGUUGGGAGGUAGCCCAGGUGGUUAGCUAGGGCCUAGUGCCGUGGAGGGAGGGAUGGAGAAAGGCGCUCAUAAAGCACUGAAUCCUUAAACGCUCCCUGCGGUUGGUUACAUCGUAACUAAGUUACAAACUAAAGGAGAAAUAAAAUUUAAAUAAUUGAGUCUUACUGGGCUUUACAGCUUAUUGCUUCAUCUCUCCCCUCCUUUUCCUGCUUUUCUCGAUUGUAUUUUAACAAUGUUCUCUGGGUAGGUGUUUAAAAUCAGCCUGUUAUCCUCAGCUUACAGAUAAUUUUAACUAUGGAGAAAGAAAAUACCAUAAUUUUAUUAUCAGACUUUCAAAAUUAUAUUUAUCAAUUUGAAGUCAUUUAAUAUCUGAUAAUUACUAUUUAAUUUCAGGCCUGUCUUAGUCAUUUGUUAGUCAUACUUCGAGAAUAUCUCCUUCUUCCCUGGUUUUGAUAAGAAAACGUGUUCAAGGUCAAAUUUUGCAUCAGGCAAACUCCUACAAAUUUUAGACAAGGACCAUUUUUAUUAAGUAAAGAGAUGGGAAAGUUGCUAGGCUGUAUUCAUAAACAGUGCUUAAAACCGUUGUGGGCAAUUAAAAGACGCUUCAAUUGUCAUAGCGACAUGAAAUGCCAUGAGAGUUGUUGCUUUUAACAACUAGUGAAGAGUGAGUCAACAAUUAUUUAUAAACUAAGUCUCAUAUUUUCAGAAUGUUUUUCUAGAUAUUAGUAUAGAAUGAGAAAGAAGUCAAAUAUCUCAGAGGCUAUUGCUGGGAGUCACAAAUGGGAAUAUGUGUGGGCAUCUGAACACGUCCUCACAUCUGAAGCCCAACGUGUAUGUUCAGUGUUCAGCAUGGCUUGGAAGGUAAAUGAUCAAGAGAUGUACUGGAACAUGUUGGAGGAGAAAUUGUUCCAGAGCUGCCAGAACUUCAGCCCUUCAUCUGAGAAAUAUUGUUGUGCCUGCACAAAGUAGGACAAAUGUGAUUGAUGCCAGCUGGCUUGGAAUGAAUUUUCUCUAAAAAUAAAAUAUUGUGUGAUUUGUUGUUGGCAUCCCCAUUAUUGCUAAUUUCUUAAUUUUCUGGAUUUGAAUUUUGAGCAAUGGUGCAUGAACCUAAGAAAAUAUGAAUCAAAUUGGGGUAUGGCCCUGGGAACUCUGGCUUCUACAGACUUCAAUAUAUGUAUCAGCAAUGCUUUGGCUUUAAAUGUUAUUUAUUAGCUGUAAAUAUAUAUAUGUGUACGUGUAAAAGGAGAUUUUAUGUAUUGGAAAGGUUGUGGCUUUCUGCAUUUAUAGACAUGUGGUGCUAACUUUGUACAUGUCUUUGUUAGUGACAGUGUCACUUAGCCAACUUACCCUUAGGAAAUAAUGUAAUAAAAUGGGCUUUUUUAAAACAAAACUUACUUAACUAUGUUAAGAAAUGGAAUCUGCUUUUAAUGAAAUGGACGAAAUUUUAUUACAACACUAAGUCAUUAUUUUGUAUCAUUUUAGUUCUCUAAAAAAGAAAUCUAUUCUUAGGGCAGAUUCAUUCAGAAAAUUUUUAUGGAGUAACCGCUCUUCUUAGUGAAAAAAUAUAGCUUCUAAAAGCUACAGUGAACAUUAUAUUUUAUGUUUUAUAUUUACAUUUGUACAAAGCCUUAGAGAACCUUUGCACUAACUAUAGAGGAAAAUGAUACAGAAUUUUUCCUAAACAAAAUACACCUGACUUUUCUUGCCUGCGGGAUACUUUUUCAUAUGUAAAAUGUUAGAUUAAUAAAAAAAUGUCUUUGACCACUUUCUGGAA